AGUUUCUCGCUAGUAUGCAUGGAUGAGACACACAGUUGAACUUGCACACUGGCACCCAGAUGAUGGUCAAAUAUAGAUGCGUGGAAUCUCACGAUUGUAACACUGAUGUCAGCAUAUGGGUAUACGUCAGUCUCUCAGAUCGGUGUGGCAAAUACGGUGCUGGAAUAUUACACUGAUCUCUGUUUGGUUAGGGUCGGCUUGGAGAAAUGUUACUAAAAGCUCACACUGUAAGAAGUUGUUAUUCCUUAAGCAACAGAUCCAUUUCCUGUCUCACAAAUGAACACAAACAAAGGGAAGCUCAACUGAGAGGUUAAUCUGCUGGAAUUGAGAUCCACUGCAAGUGUAGUUCUUCUCUUGAUUUGAACUCAAGAUAGAUAUAUACAUAUUUCAGCUAAUGUGGAAGCCUUCAACAGAACUGAUUGUCGAUCUUUACAGUCGCAUUUGUUCUUUUGCUUUCUUUGUUCUUUGUUUUUACCUGUGUUGUAAGGUGUCUGGAUGUCUGACAGGUCACCUGGCUUAUCUCAAUAUUUGUGUUGUGACCUAAUCCUUAAAAACACUCAAGAAUGCCUGUUUGUAGCCUGAGUGUUGCUUUGACAAUGAUGAGAAUACAAAAGGGAAACAAAAUAGACAGAUUAGCCAAAGAAAUUAUAGGCACUGUGAAGACUGAUCUUUACUGAUGGCAUGAGUCAUAAGGACAAAGAAUUACACCAGCUUAGUUUAGACAUAUUUAUGCAGCACAAAGAUUCUGAACAGCUGCAAAAAAUCUAUUUUUUUUCUUUUAAUCUCAGUUAGAGAGUAAAUUAUACAUAUCAGAUUGAUUAAAACAUUAAAUGACUUUGUUGAUGUAAUUUUAAAUUUUAGAAUAUGUGCUGUCAGUUAUAUAUUCUAAAAGCUAUAGCUAUAUUUUAAAUAUCAGAAAUUUUCAAAAAGAAAGAUGAAGUAGAACUGAAGUGAAGAGAAAGUAAGCACUAGUGUGAAAUUCAUAUCCAUACCCUGAUAUGAGCUAAGUUGGGUGGAUCCCUAAUUAGAAAAAUAUUUCUCAAAAUAUUUUUCACGUCCUGGCUCUCCCUAUGGUAGCUGGGAUUGGAUCCACUCUUCCCACAACCCUGAUGAAGACAAGCGGAAGAGAAUGGAUGAAUUUUUGAAUUUUAAAAACCUUAACUAUUUUUAAGUAUUCAGUAAAACUAAAACUGGACAAGAGUACGCAUGAAUCAAGACCUUAACCAAGUUCAUUGAGUCAUUUGGUACUUGGAGACAACAGUUUCUUUCUUUAGAAAAGGCAUUGCUUAGUUGUGGUUGGACUAACAGUUCUCCAGUUAAUGCCACUGCUGAGAUUAAUGUGGUUUAAAAGCUACGUGCUGUGACAGAGUUAUUUUUUAAAUUGCAAUGGUCCACUUACUUAUUUAAUUAUUUAUUGUUGACCCACCUGCUUUGGCUGCUUAACAAGAGAUGGAGGCCCAUGGGGAACUACAUUGCUCCACUUCUCUCUGAAAACCCUGGCAAAACCAGCAUGCUGACACGUGGAAACCAGGGCAUGUAGUGUAAGAUUGAAAAUGAAAAUAAAAUCAACACUUCUGUCUGAUGUCAGGCUUGUGUCAUUCUGUACAUGGCAGUGUGGUGUUGAUCCUUAUGUGUAAAGCUCUGCUAUAGAGUGUUGCAUUAAAGCCAGUGCGUUCAUAUGUAGUUGAGUUUGGAGUUUGCCUGUCCACAAGGGGGUGCCUUAUGUCAACACUCUCCCUGGUUGAACUGUCCCUAAUGGCCAGUAGGUAACACAAUACUGACACAGGCUGCUAGCCAGAGGAUCGAAAAGGAGAGGUUGAAAGAGGGAUGAAUCAGUUAGACAUCAGAUGAAGAGUCAAAGGUCUGGAUGAUAACAGGCCUUGUGUGCCUCACUGUCUUCAGACCGUGUCAUCUCUUCGCCCAUGUUCCUCUUUGAAGCUUGGUCAUGGCACCUGGAGCACUGGGACAGCUGCCAAAAUUCACUGGGAAAAAAAAUUCCUCCUUUCUUCUUCAAACACAUGGUUGUCUAACCUGUUUCAUGUGUGAUAUGAUCUGCUCAUGCUCUUACUAUUGUUUUUCUUAAUUUGACGCUGUGUCGAAAACUUGACAAUGUCAGAAACAUGUUGUGCUCCAGUUCAACUUUUAGCCUGUGUCUUUGUGUGUCGUCACAAAGAUAAAAAUCUUUUUCACAGACUUUCAUUGGCUCAGAACAAACCAAGUCAAGCGUUCUUUCCUGGUCACAUUUCGUCUAUGUGUUCCUUUUCCCCUCCCACUACUGAAAACUGCAGGGCAUUGCAAUAAAAGUGUUGACUUCCUCAGCUUAUUGAAAUUCUUUCCUCGCUUUCUGCUCCCCUUUGUCUAUAAAUAUGCUUACAGCUGAAAGAGUGUGUUUGUCUAAAGGAGUCAGUCUUGUGUGUUCGUGACAAAGGCGAUCUUAUGUCCCUGUGCUCCUUAUUGUAGAAUGAUUAAAUUGAUUUUAGGAAAGUGUGUUAUUUACUGAUAAUGGAUUCUGGGGUUUUUGGGGGAUUUAAACACAGUUGUUGUUUUAGUUUUACCUAGUAAUAGAGCCAAUUACAUUCAAGUAACGUUGGUGAUGUGCUUCCAAUAGAAACAUUGAGACAUCUAAAGUCAGAAUGAUACACCAGCUUUAGCAUACUUUUUCCUGAGCUAAUGUUCCUACUUACAGCUAAACCAUGAGAAAACAAUGGGUCCUGCACUUGAAUGAUGCAGUUUCCAUAUUUCAGUCAUGACAAGGGGGGCUGAGCUCUGGAAUCAUUGUUAAAGGACCCACAGGAUGUCCUGAGGAAGAACUCCGCGCUGAGUUGUACGCUAGCAUUCAGGGCCAGUGAGGUGCACGGCAGGGAGGUUCGCACCACACCUCCUCUCUUUUUGGUGUCCUCGAGUGUCUCCCUGGAAAGUGGGGUUGCCUCUUCAAGCCAGGAUGCCGUGACUUUUCUGUGCUUCUUCAUAAGCUGGGACUUAAUAGUUUAUGCUUUUACAACUGGCAUGGAUGGAGAUUACUCACGAUGAGAAAAUGAAAGCACAAAAUAUAGAAAGUGUUCUCGAAACGAGAUCUGUUUAGAGAUUUUUGGUCCCAGUUGCUAGACAACUGAGGCGGCAAGGAGAAAAGCUGUUAACUUCUCCACAACCGUGAACCCAGAGAAUAAAAAAGUUAUAUUUGCCGAGAUACACACAUCCAUUGACACUUUGGCAUUCACAUUCGGCAAUGUAGUUUCUGACUUCCUUAUGGGAGAUGUGGACAGCAGCCCAGGGUUGGGGAUCGCCCAGAAAAACAGAAGCAGGUCUUCUGACAACCUCUCUGUGGAUCCCGAGGGAUAUGUUUCAGAGAAAAGGGAGCUUGUGGGCUCAGAAGUGUCACAGCCACGAGAGGAGGAAGUUGACUUGACCUUGCUGAAGAAUGACAGUGGAGUUGAGUCCGCCCUACUCUAUGCCAAGACCUGCUCCAAGUACAUCAAAGAUCUUCUGGCCUGGAUGGAAAAACGGCUAGCCAUGGAUAUUGAGAAUGCUAAAAGCUACGUCAAAAUGGCUGAGUCUGCAAAAACACUGGCCAGUCAAAAGGACUACAUGCCAUUCAGUGACCUCUACGUUUCUGCAUUCAAGAAAGACAUGGAGUACAACCAGCUGCUUAUUCAAACCUCCAUGACUCUUCAGACCAAUAAAUUCAUGCAGCCUCUUGUGGCUCGCAAAAAUGAACUGGAUAAGCUGAGGAAAGAAAUCAAGGAGCAGUGGCAGAGGGAGCAGAAGAAAAUGCAAGAGGCAGAUGCAACCUUGCGAAAGGCACGGGUACUGAAGACCCAGAGGAGGGAGGAAUACCAAAAAGCCCAGUCAGCAGCAAGUCGCUCUCAGGAGGAUCAGUCUAAUGCUGGGAACAAACAGCUGGAGAAGAAGAGAAAGCUAGAAGAGGAGGCUUUACAAAAGGCGGAGGAGGCCCAGGGCCAGUACGAGAACUGCAUAGCUGACGCAGGGAGCAGGAAAAUGGAUCUGGCUAAUGCGAAGAGCACUAUCCUGACUCAGAUCCGAGAAAUGAUCUUCCAGUGUGACCUCACACUAAAAGCUGUGACAGUGAACUGGUUUCAAAUGCAGCAGACACAGACUGUGUCACUCCCUGCACACUACCAGGCCCUCAGUGAGAAUGCCAAGUUGUAUGAGCCGGGCGAAUGCUAUGCAGAGUUUGUGCGUAACCUGUCCAAAAAUCUCCCUAAAGAGCAUCUUCACUCCGACUCCAUCUCCUCCGAAAAUACAAGAUUUGGCAGCAAAAGGUCAGUGGGCAGCUAUCAUUCCUCCCACGGCAACCUGUCACAGGCAUCCACCACCUCUUGUGACGUGUUGAGCGGAGAGGAAACAGACAGUACCAUACAUCGGCCUGCAAAGAUCAGUGAGCACAGAUCCAGCAGCAGCACAGACAUACAAGCUCUAAGAAACCAGACCCCACUGAGAGCAUGGGGCUCAAGUAGUCAGGGGAGCCAGGGUGGGAUGUGCAGUGACUCAGAAAGUGCUGGAGGCAGCAGUGAGUCAAGGUCCAUGGACUCCCCCACUGCCAGUCCAGGCGACUUUAAGCGCCGUUUGCCCAGAACUCCUUCCACUGGGACCAUGUCUUCUGCUGACGAUCUGGAUGACAGAGAGGCACCAUCCCCCUCAGACAAUGGUCUGGCAGAGAUGGUGACAGAGACCUCCAGUUCUCCUGGUCCUUUCCGAAAUGCUCAGAUGUCCAAAGCUGCUCAAACCCAUAAGCUAAGAAAACUUCGAGCCCCGUCUAAAUGCAGAGAAUGUGAUAGUCUGGUCGUUUUCCAUGGAGCUGAAUGUGAAGAGUGCUCCUUGGCCUGCCAUAAGAAGUGUUUGGAGACACUCGCCAUCCAGUGUGGUCAUAAAAAGCUACAAGGCAGGCUACAACUGUUUGGUAUUGAUUUUGCCCAAGCAGCAAAAAACAGUCCAGAUGGUAUCCCCUUUAUAAUCAAGAAGUGCACUUCUGAGAUUGAGAGUCGAGCCCUCAACAUCAAGGGCAUUUAUCGUGUGAAUGGUGCCAAAUCACGCGUUGAGAAGCUCUGUCAGGCGUUUGAAAAUGGGAAGGACUUGGUUGAGCUGUCUGAUCUCUCCCCUCACGACAUCAGCAAUGUUCUCAAGCUCUAUCUUAGACAGUUACCAGAGCCACUGAUCCAUUAUCGAUUCUACAAUGAUGUCAUCGGUUUGGCAAAAGAGUGCCAGAGGGUGAUAGUGGAAGAGGCUGAUAAUAAAGCUCAAAACAACCAGCCAAGAGAGAAGACUGGGCCGAGUAUGCAGCUGAACAGAGUCAUUUUUAAGAUCAGAGAUCUCUUCCGCCAGCUGCCCCCAGCCAACUACAGGACUCUGCGCUACCUGAUCGCACAUCUACACAGAGUCUCAGAACAGGCCGAAGAGAACAAGAUGACUGCGAGCAACCUUGGCAUCAUCUUUGGCCCCACACUGGUGAAGCCACAGCAUACAGAUGCAGAGGUGUCUCUGUCCUCCCUGGUGGAUUACCCCUACCAGGCACUGAUGGUGGAGCAGCUGGUGAAACACUUUCAGACAGUCUUUGAUGCAUCUUUCCUACCUAGUUCUGACACAAGCAGCGCUGGCCAGGCCUCCCCCAGACUUACCCCGCAGGAGAAGAUUCGACAGCUUAGCAGACACUCAACCUCCCUGACUGACAUCAAAGAGAGCACCAAAAUCUACAAAAGAUACUCAUCUGUCAUCCCAUCAUCUCACAUCAUGGGUGAGGUGCAGGAGGUCCGACCAGGAAAACACAAAAUAGGGGUCUCGACAUUGGACAGAGUCAACGGGGUCCAGGCUUCUAGUGGAGGAGAUGUUCAGAGAUCAACCUUAGUGUUUGGUCGUCCCAGCACCAUCGUCUCCUCUGUCACCACCAUGGCACCAAAGGUACAGCUGCGCCACCAGCGCGCCAGACAAGCGUCUCGACCAGUCAGCAUGCCACUGGAACGCCUGCCCGCACCAGCUCAAAUCGGCGAGAGGAAUAAUCGAAACACCAGCGAUGUUGUUGAUUCAGGCUCUGUUAAGCGGGAGACCAUUGCUGAAACUAUACAGGAGAUGCCAGAGCCAGAGAGGGCUCGGCAAAGUGGCUCAUCCAGGGUUAGUACCUACUACAUUACUCCUUUUAUUGACACUCAGAGGAGGACGUGGGACAAGAAGUACAAGCAUUAUGAUGUUACACCCAGGACUGCUAUGAUAAUGGCCAACCUACCAUCUGCCAGUUCUGGAGUGCAGCCUGUAAAGGCAACGAUACCUGUUAGCAAUGUUGCAACCCCAACAACUGCGUCUGUGGUUCCAACGACGAGUAGCGUUAGCACCGUAUUCUCCAGUAACCUUUACACAUCGUCACUCAAGUCUGUUUGGACCUCCAAAAGGGAAAAUGACACUCAGAGUUCACUCCGCGAGUCUAGCAGCUCACCAAACCUUCCACUAACACUCAGGGCACCGAGGACUCUGCACCCUCCUUCUGGAACUUUCUACAAGCCCCCUGUUUCCAACAACGGCCGUGCUACAACACUCCCAAACUGGAAUACUACUUUAACUACCGCCACCACCACCAGCUUAUCAUCCACCCCCACCAUCAUCUCCACUACCAUUACUUUGUCACCCACCACCAACAUCACCAUCAUUACCACAUCACCUGCUACUACCACCACCACCACCACCUCAUCGUCUUUCCCCAACAGCCCUGUUGAAGCAGCGUGUCCGUCCCCUGUCCUUAAAAGCCCCACACAGACGCCACUCCAGACUCAGGACUCCACUGACAGUGCCAUAGACUCUGGGGUCUCAACCUCUGCUCCCAUGUCACCCCCUCAGUCUCCUCCCCCUAGCAGCCCUGACGACCUUAGCCCUAGUGAGAAUAAACCUGUUUACCAAAGACUGCGACCCCGGCGGCUGCAGGAGCUCGAACACAGAGAGGCUCAUUUUGUCUGACACCAAAAAAAGGAGAAACAAACAAAAAAACUCAUAUGAUAUCUGUAAAUAUUACUUUAUCACAGUGAAUGCUGGGGAAAAGAUUUUUAUCACCAAGCUGAGCAUGGAAGGAAAUGUCGACCUGUGAAAAUAAACCAUAAAAGUGUUAUAAAAGUGCUAAUAUAUUCUUUCAUAUGUCUAAGUCAACAGCAGCUGGUUUAAGCGCUCAAAAUGUCGAUGCCAACACAAUCGUUUAUUGCCACAUUUUUAAAUAAAUAAAUUGAUUAAAUGUAUGACAAAGAAAACUGGCAACAAAUCAAUUUCUGUCUGAAACGAACUUUAAGCCUAUCACAUUUCUUCUUGAAUAUUUGAUUUAUACAGAAAUAUAUUUUACACACUGCACUUAAUAAUCCAGGUUCAGAUUCUGGGGUUCUUUUCAUUUUUAAAAAUUAGUUUAACUCCACUAGGAAUAGAUGUAAGUACUUCAAGCAUGAGGGUUCUUACUGAUAAAGAAGUCAACAUUUACAUCUUUUAAUGUGUUCAUAGCCUGUGAUUGGUACAUCUUUUCUCAGCAUGUAAAUCAUUUGUAUCUUUGUACAUUUUUAUAUUCAUUGAUGCAUAUUCCAUGUCUGUCACAAAGGUUGUGUUUAUUCACAUUUUUGUGACUAUACGGAAGACGAAUGACACGCAACAGUUCCUGCUGCAAAUUAAAAAUUUGAAAU